AUGGCAUUUCUCUACUCCCUUCUGAUUGUGGCUGUGGAGGUGGUCUGUGUCUUCAGCUGGAUGUCUACAAAAUGCAUUGUGAUGGAUGAGGCCUCACCUUAUCCAGAUUUCCCCAUCGCAUCAAACUCCGAAUGCCCAGUUCCACAGGGCAUUGAAGUUCUCUGUGUGAGGGUAGCCUAUGGAUCAACUCUUCAGCCUAAUGCUCUUACCAAAUUUCACAGUCUCAGGAGCCUGUGUAUCAGCGGCUGUCUGUCUGCAAUCCUCCCAGAGGCCAUUAGGGGACUGACCAACCUGCACCUACUCUCCAUGACCUGCAAAGAACGCUGCAAUCCGUUGGUACCAUCUAAGGUGUUUCAUGAUCUGUACAAUCUGGAGGAACUGAAACUUGAAAACUAUGCUCUAUCAGAAGUGGCAGCAGAUGUUUUCGAUGGACUGAGUCAGGUGAAAAGGCAGUUGAAAAGUAUGACUCUGAGCAAAAUAUUUAAAAUUCAAAGGAACACUUUGAAGGGACUUCAGAAUUUGGAGACUUUGAUCCUCGACAAUAAUCUCUUAAAGGACUUAGAAGCAGAAUCCUUUGCCCAUUUGCCCUCUCUUAGGGUUCUCCACCUUGGGAAUCUGAAGCUUCCCAACACUGAGCUCUUUGAAAUGCAAGUUCUCAACCUGAGUCUCAUCUUUGGGGACUUCCCUCGCAACCUGUCUGAACUCACCAUCGAAUCUAUGCACCCUAUGACUUUGGUCAUUGCUGAUAACAGCACCCCAGACGUGGGCCUGAGUCUCUCACUGUCCAGCGAGAAGAUUGUUUUAUGGGGUUGUGAGACACGCUUUCUGAAAUCUGUCAUCAGACUUGAUAUCUCUGCUAAUCACUUCUUGUGUGCGCCUGACCUCACUUUUGGCCUUCAGCACUUCACCUCUGUGGCACAUCUGAAAUUCGCCCACUGGACCACUACCAGUACUCAAGAUCUUUCCGGCUUGAACAAACUUGUGCAUUUAAAAAGACUUAAACUGAUUAAUGUGGAUUUCUACAAUCAACCUGAUUUCAGUGUCAUGUUUCAUGGCUUGAUGAAACUUCAGAGUCUGGAUCUCUUUAAUUGUUUAGUAGUUUCCUUCGACAGGGUCAUCAGUGUGGACAUGAGGUCUCUGAAAUAUGUGUUCCUUUUUAUUUCAUCUGAGACCACUCUAUCCAAGCACUUCUUCGAGCCCUUGCACAGCCUAAGAUCUGUUGUCUUCUUUGAACCACGGUUGUUCUGCAACUGUGAAAACUCCUGGUUCAAUAGCUGGGCAAAGCAGGAGAGUCCAAUAGGGGUGUUCUUUGCCUCAAAGCAGCAAAGGGCACUGCAGUGCCUUAAUGGGGACAGGCUCCAGGACUUAGAGCGGUACGGUCUGACCCACUGCAGGCUGGAGGUUGGGUCUCAGCUCUUCCUCUGCACUACAGGUUUCUUCACCACCAGAGGGCACUACUACCCUUAUGAUGUCUUUGUGUCUCACACUGUUGAUAAGGAUGAGAGCUGGGUUGUGGACAGGCUCCUGCCCAGCCUGAAGCAUAGGGGACCCCCAUUCCUCAAGCUUUGCCUACCCAGGAAGGAUUUCCAGCUGGGGAAGGAUAUUGUGGAGAAUAAAACUGACAGUCUGUACAGAAGCCGCCGCACCCUCUGCCUGGUCAGCCGCCACUACCUGCGGAGCAACUGGGGCUCCCUGGAGAUGCGGCUGGGCACCUACCGGCUGCAGGUGGAGCACAGGGAUGUGCUGAUCCUGGUGUUUCUGGAGAAGAUCCCUUCUAACCUGCUCUCUGCCCACCACAGGCUGGCCCGACUCGUCAAAACCAGGACUUACAUAGAGUGGCCUCAAGACCCGGCCCAACAGGAGGCAUUCUGGGACACAUUAUGGGACAAGUUAGUGCCAGAAGUGUCACAAUGA